ACAGAGACAGGUGCUGGAGAGCCAGUGCUGCAUGCGUCAAAACAUUGCUAAUUUGCUAAGUGCCUCUUGUUCACAUUCACUUGAGCUGUUUUGCUGUCAGCACUUCAGAGGUUAAAAAUCUGAGCCAAAAGCAGCAGCUCGGCUUUAGCCACUCCCUGAGCCAGCCAAGGUUUUCUUUUUAAAGUCUUUAUCUCCUCCUCCUCCUGCCUCACUCUCUUGCUCAUUCACUCUGGGCUUUGUGUGAGCGUGCAUCGGUGGCACUGAGUGUUAGCGCAUGUCGGGGAGAGAGCAGAUCCAGACGAGAGAGAACAAGGGGGAGACCAAAAGCAUUCUCUCUGCACACAGACAACCAAGAAUCAUUCUGCCUGCUGUCAAGGAAGACUAGUGCCGGAUAUUUAAAAAAAGUAACAAAGGAAAUAGACUCAAAGUGAGAGCGAGGAAAAACUGGACUGCCUAAGACGAGGAAUAUUCUAUCACUCACUCACGUGUGUGUGUGUGUGUUUGUUUGUGUGUGUGUAUAUAAAUAUACAUAUAUCGGUGAAUCCAGCAAACUCACUCGCACUCUCAGACAGUAAAAAAGGGAGGAAGCUGCCUGGAUCUUGCCCAAAGUGGUGUGUGUGUGCAGCGAGAGGAGAAUGGAGGAGGGCUCGGUGUCUGUGGCCCCAGCAUGCAACUCUACGACCACCAACGCGGUGCUGAACAACCACUGCGCCGAUGACAGUAUCUCAGCGGCGAGUGCGUCUGAAGUGCAGGACCGUCUGUCGUCUUUGGAGCUGCGUGUCCAGCAGCAAGAGGAUGAGAUCACCGUGAUGAAGGCGGCGCUGGCCGACGUGCUGCGACGCCUGGCGCUCUCCGAGGACACGGCCACCACCGCCAAGAAACAGACUAGCACCAAAGGCCAGACUCCCCUGCGCGAGGCCUACUCUAUGUCCUGCAUCGCCAACGGCAGCUCCAGCAGCCGCAAGCCCAGCCACAGAGACCGAGACAGCUCCACAGUUUCCGUCACCAGGAAGGAUACCUUCUCCUCAGCUGCCAAGAGCGGUCAGACAGCGGAGAGGAAAAGGGACAAGCCUCAGAUGGAGGGCAUCAAGGAGAAGGAGGAGGGGCCCAACCAGGCUAACGAUAAACCCUCCCCUGCCAGCCCCGUACAGCCCUCUCCGUCCCCCUCCGUCUCCAGCCACCCCCCCUCACCCCACCCCCCUCAGUCCCAAAGGCAGGCCCCGGAGAGCAAGGGCACCUCCCCAGCCAAAAGGGGUCACAGUGCGAAGCGGGGCACGGGAAUGGAGCGUUCACAGAGUAGUACCUGGGAGAGUGGCGAGGAGAGCAGGAACAAGCUGGUGAAGGCUGCUUCCACCUCCAAACUGCUGGCCAAGGUGGUGAAGAACGCAGACAAGCAUAAAGACCCAGUGAUCAGCCAAGCCAAAAUGUCAACCCGUGAGAAAAACAGCCAAGCAGAGGGAGAUUACAUCAAGAUGUUCAUGCGAGGUCGACCCAUCACUAUGUUCAUCCCAGCGGACGUGGAGAACUAUGAGGACGUGCGCACAGAGCUGCCUCCGGAGAAACUCAAACUUGAGUGGGUGUAUGGCUACAGGGGGAGAGACUGCAGAGCCAACGUGUACCUGCUCCCUACAGGGGAGAGUGUAUACUUCAUCGCCUCCGUGGUCGUGCUCUUCAACUACGAGGAGAGAACACAGCGCCACUACCUUGGCCACACUGACUGUGUCAAAUGCCUUGCCGUUCACCCCGAUAAGAUCCGCAUUGCCACGGGACAGAUUGCGGGAGUGGACAAGGACGGCCGGCCGCUGCAGCCCCACGUGAGGGUGUGGGACUCGGUGAGCCUGUCCACCCUGCAGGUCAUCGGCCUGGGCACGUUUGAGAGAGGGGUGGGCUCCCUGGCCUUCUCCAAGGCGGACUCCGGUACACACCUGGCGGUGAUUGAUGAUUGUAACGACCACAUGUUGACUGUCUGGGACUGGCAGAAGAAAUCCAAAAUUGCUGAAAUCAAGUCUACAAAUGAGGUGGUCCUUGCGGUGGAGUUCCACCCUACUGAUGCCAACACCAUAGUAACCUGUGGCAAGUCACACAUCUUCUUUUGGACCUGGGCUGGCACCUCGCUGGCACGCAAGCAGGGCAUCUUCGGGAAAUACGAGAAGCCCAAGUUUGUUCAGUGUCUGGCCUUCCUCAACAACGGGGACAUCCUGACUGGAGACUCUGGAGGCGUCAUGUUGAUAUGGAGCCGGAGCACGGUGGAGCCGGCCCCAGGGAAAGGCCCCAAAGGUGCGUACCAGAUCAGUCGUCAGAUCAAGGCCCAUGAUGGCAGUGUGUUCACUCUGUGUCAGAUGAGGAACGGGACCCUGCUGACCGGAGGGGGCAAGGACCACAAGAUCAUCCUGUGGGACCACGGCCUCAACCCAGAGAGGGACAUAGAGGUCCCUGAUCAGUAUGGAACCAUUCGUGCUGUGGCUGAGGGCAAGGGCGAGCAGCUUUUGGUGGGCACGUCGCGUAACUUCGUCCUGAGGGGGACGUUUAAUGACGGCUUCCAGGUGGAAGUCCAGGGUCACACAGACGAGCUGUGGGGGCUGGCAUCUCACCCCUUCAAGGACCUGUUCCUCACUUGUGCCCAGGACAGGCAGGUGUGCCUGUGGAACUCUGUGGACCACUGCUUGGAAUGGACCAGGCUGCUGGAUGAGCAUGGACACUGUGCAGACUUCCACCCUAGUGGUGCUGUUGUGGCCAUCGGUACUCACUCAGGAAAGUGGUACGCUCUCGAUGCGGAGACCAGAGACCUGGUGGCCAUUCAUACAGACGGCAAUGAGCAGCUGUCAGUCAUACGCUUCUCCGUAGAUGGCACCCUGCUGGCAGUGGGAUCACAUGACAACUUCAUUUACCUCUACACCGUGUCGGACAAAGGACGCAAGUACACCAGAUACGGGAAGUGCAUUGGACAUUCCAGCUACAUCACACAUCUUGACUGGUCCCCCGACAACAAGUUCAUCAUGUCCAACUCAGGAGACUAUGAGAUCCUCUACUGGGACAUUCCAAAUGGCUGCAAGUACAUCCGUAACCGUUCUGAGUGUAAGGACAUUGACUGGGCCACCUACACCUGUGUGCUGGGCUACCAUGUCUUCGGAGUGUGGCCUGAGGGUUCCGAUGGCACAGACAUCAACGCCCUGAUCAGAUCCCACAACAGGAAGGUGAUCGCUCUGGCUGAUGACUUCUGCAAAGUGCACCUCUUCCAGUACCCCUGUGCCAGACCCAAGGCACCGAGCCACAAAUAUAGCGCCCACAGCAGUCAUGUGACUAAUGUGACCUUCAUGCACAACGACAGUCACUUGGUGUCCACGGGCGGGAAAGAUACCAGUGUCAUGCAGUGGCGGCUGGUGGAGAAGACCCCCUCAUUGGUCCCCAGCGACUCUUCCCUCUCUCUGGGGGAGGGGCUCCUGCAUAACUCCAACCCCGCGACCAUCCCAGCGGUGCCCCUGACGCCCACCCCCACCGAGCCGGCCGUGAUGCCAAUCGCGACCCCAACUCCGCCCUCCGUCCUCGACCUGACCUCUGACCCCCCAGCAGUGCCCUGCGGGGAUACGGCCAUCGUCACGCCUACCCCACCACCCACCGAGCCCACGACCAAUGGACGGCAGGAGAGCUCCCCUGACACCCCUCCCCCAUCCGGGAUGACCCCACCCCACUCAGAGUCUACCCCACCCCCCUCCCACAGCACGCUGAGCCCCAAGGACAGCCUGGACCCCAGCGACGACACGGCCACUCCUAGCGACGAGGGCCGCCCUUUCACCCCACCCUCGUAAAGACCGACACUUGUGAUGCAGCCUAGUGCGCUCUCCUGCUCAGCACUCCCCCUGGAGGCACCUCGAUGUCACUGCGUUUCUCAGGAGAAGCGCAGCAGGGUUCAAUAUUUGCUGUUCAGGUUUCCUUUUUUUCUUUUUAGUUUCUUUUCAUGCUCUUCUUUUUGUUUCGAAGUCUGUGUUAAUUGGAUAAGAAUGGAGGGUGUAAGUGAGACAAGCAGUGAUAUUAGUGGCUGAUGUUUUUUUAACGCUGUCACUCAGCCUUGUGUGAGGAGAGAAUGUUGUGGUUGUUCUGGGUCGUAUGGUUAAGUCAAGUCUGCAGAUGAAUGCUCUGUGAGAGAGGGACACACAAGCACACAGACGUGCAAACACUAGCACUAAUACACAAAGACACACAAAAUCACACUCCAACAUCACUCCUUGAUCAGCCAAAUAUCAGGAUCAUUUACACAGUUCAAAUAUCAUUGUAAUGUUGCUAUCAUAGAUACUCAUAUAGUACUUGAUACCAAGUAUUACUUAUGUCUUUAUACACAAGUAUAUUAUGCUACAAGAGCCUAGUGCCUCUUCUCUGAGCCUAGCUAAUGCUAGGCAGGUACCCCUGGCUAAUGCUCACUCCCCAGUCCAGCCCUUUGUCAAUACUCAUCAUAUAGUCUUUAGGCUAUGUUACCAUAGAAACUUAAACCUAAUCCUAGCUCAAUAAUGCAACAAUCUGCAAUAACACACCAUAGCAUACUGUGUGACCAGACACAAGCAGUUAUACACAUGCAGCUAAUAGCACACACACUCCAUCAUUCUGGACUUUCAAUCAGGUGUGUGUGUGCGCGCGCGCCUGCAGACUGCUUCAUGGCAAUAAGCUGUUCUCUCUGGUAAGAGUCCCUGCAGGAAACUCAUCCAUCCAGCCUCGCUGUAAAGGCCAAAAAGGACUGAUGAAUAAUGGUCCAUAGGAUAUCCUGUGGCCCAUGGACAUUAUGACCACACUGAACCACCAGCGACACACGUACCCAGGUGACUCUCUCACCUGCUCGCCCUACCUUAACAUGCUACCAUUUUUUUUUUAGCGUUUCUUUUCAUUUUUUAUUUAGGAUUUAGACCUUUUUAAAAGCUCGUUCUGGGGAGUGUUCCUUCUCUGCUCUAUGGACUGAGAUGUUUUUAAGAAAUGUUAUGUGUUAUGUGUGUGUGUGAGCUGCCGUUUACACGUUGUGUCAUUCCGGAGGAGGGUUUGUCCAGCUCCCCCCU